AUGUACCACUCUCGCACGAAGCACAUUGAUGUUAGAUAUCAUUGGCUACGUCAAGCAGUGGAUGAACAACAGUUCAAGUUAGACAAGAUUCACACUGACGAAAACCCUACUGACAUGAUGACGAAAGUUGUAACAGGAGGAAAGCUUCAGCUUUGUGCCGAGUUGAUCGACAUAGAAUGCAUCCUUAAGGGCGUUUUGAUGUACAACAAUAUUUGUGAUGAUGUGCCUAAUGAAAUGUCGUGUUUUGUUGAAAACAAUGAUAUGUGUCACAACCUACAGAGCCGCACGGGUCGAUCAGAAGCCUUAGCGCUAGGUCACCCAGGGCGAAUAUGUUCAAGGCCACGUGGGUCAAUCAGAAGCCUCGAGGCUAGAUCGGCCGAGGUGAACGUUUUCUUUUUUAAGGCCACGCGGGUCGAUCAGAAGCCUUAG